AUGUCCCAACUCCGAUACCGCAACACGAAGUGCAACAUGCGGUCCUACAAGCGCAGCGACAUGUGCGGAUCUGUUCAACCCAACGUACAGCAACGAGUGGAUAUCUCACCUCAGACAGGGGCGAUACGCCCGCAUUCUCAGGAAAUCCUGGUCCAUUUUGGUCCACGACGUCCCGGCAGAUUGCUUCACCAGCCAGGCCCUGAGCAGUGGAAUGGCUGCUCGACAGAGUAUGCUUCAGAAUCCACGAGUGCCGAAUGCUUACCUUUCCUGCGUGGAUUGGUUGACCGGCAACACUCUGCCACUACCUCUCAAAAGUUCGUUGAUCAACGCAAAAGUUUGAUGAGCAUUACCGUCUUUUUCAGUGCCCCAAUUGUCAGAUGUUUGGGCACUCCCGGCGCAACUGCAACUCUUCCAGACGUUGUCCUUAUUGGCCAGCCCUUACCAAAGCCGGCCGUAAAACCAACUACAGUGCCCUCAGCCGGAGAGCAGGCUACGCCGAAACCAAAAGAGCGAACCCUGCCGCCUGACUCAAACGUGCCUAUUAACGCAAAUUGCAACACUAGCACAGAAAGACCAAGAAAACGAAAGAAGUGCAACUGCGGCAAGGCUGCUAAUGCCAACCUACCUGUCAGCACGCCCUUGCCUGUCGAUUCUAAAAAUCCCCCUGUUACCCCUCCACAGCAAACUGCGGGCAUACAGGCCACCCGCAGAAGCCCGCUGGGCACUUUGAAUCAGCAGACGAUGAACAAACCCCAAGCCUUAGACCCUACCAAAUACCCCCUAGGGUCAGAGUAUCCCUUCGAGGACGACUAUCCAUCGGAACCAGAACAUUCAGAAACUGAAUCUGAGCCGUGUGUUUACAACUGGGAUCCUGCGCAGCAGUCAUCUGCGUCUGAUGCCGAGCCAACCGCUGAGCCAUCACCUCGCAUUCCACGACAAUACGAACAAACCAAUCAAUAUCGCAGCACAAUCUACUACCGAUUCCUAAGGAGACUUAGCAAAUGGCUGUUUUGCGCUGAUGGAAGCGGACAGCGGAGCACCUUAACUGCCUGUCUCAGCAACGCGCACUAG